ACCAUUUUAAUGUCUAAUCUGAGCUUUGAGGAGAUUGAAAGUCUUUCUGGAUGAAGGAUGGAGAACUGAUUUGGAACAUUUCCAUGCAGGCAAACAAAGUUCAAACAGAAAAAAUGUUAUUAUUAAUAUUUAGAUUAAAUGUGCAAAAAAUACAUUUGUUAUGCAUAAUUUUGAGUAGUUUGCGCGCAGAAUAAAAAUAAGUUUUGUUUUGAAAGAACCCCGGAACUGCUGUUCGGUGACGCACCAGCACAGCUGAGUUUUUUUCUUUUUUUUUUUUCAGAUCAUCCCUUCUCUGUGACGUCAUCGGGGUCGGGAAUGGGCGGCCGCGCUCCUGGAGCCUCCCGCAGGAUAAAGCUUCACGCACGGAGCGGUCUCCUCGUCUGCGCUCCCGCGACUCCACCGAUCACGCGCCAUGCUGGGAGCCAGGAGGAAAGACGCCGUCGGGACGUCCGAGACGAAAGCCAUCGACCCUCUGAGGAAUCUCGGGAUUCAGGAGGAUGAGGAUGUGAAGACGAUGCUCCAGGGCUCCACCAUGACGAAGGUCUACUGCAAUCGUCGGCAGAAGCCCAGGACUCUGAGGCUGCUGGAGGACGGCGUCACCGUCUGUAUCCAGCCGCCCAAAUCAUCCAGAUCAUCCAAAGAGCAAAAAUCCUUCUCUGUCAUGGAGGUGGAGUGCGUUCGCCAAGGCUGCCAGUUGGAGGCGCUACGCAACAAGACGGGCUCCGAGCUCACCAACCGGUGUUUGACCGUGGUCUUCAAGGGGCCACGCAAGACUCUAGACCUCCUCUGCCAGAGCGAGGAGGAGGCUCAGCAGUGGGCCCGCGGCAUCCAGACCCUGCAGGACCGGGUGGACAACAUGACCAACAAGGAGAAACUAGACCAUUGGAUUCAUGCUUUCCUGAGCCAGGCUGACGAGAACCAUGACGACAAGAUGAGCUAUGAGGAGGUGCAGAGGUUGCUGUGCAUGAUCAACGUGGACCUGAGCGAUCAGUACGCCCGCAACCUCUUCCAGAAAUGUGAUCGGUCUGCCGACGGCCGCUUGGACCACGACGAGAUCGAAGUCUUCUGCAAGGAGCUGCUACGAAGGCCUGAACUGGACUCCAUUUUCCUUCAGCAUUCGGCCAACGGCUGUGUGCUCUCCACUGUGGACCUCAGGGACUUCCUGAAGGAGCAGGGGGAGGACUUCUCUGUGACUCACGCCCAGAGCCUCAUCCUCACCUACGAGCUCAACGAGUGGGCCAAGAAGAACCAGCUAAUGACCCCCAACGGCUUCACCAGAUACAUGCUGUCCAAGCAGAACUGUGUGUUUGAUCCAGAUCACGCCCGGGUGUACCAGGACAUGACCCGGCCACUGGCUCACUACUUCAUCUCUUCAUCCCACAACACCUACCUCACCAAGGACCAGUGGAUGGGGGAAAGCGGCACAGACCCUUACAUCCGAGCUCUGAGCCAUGGUUGUCGCUGUGUAGAGCUAGACUGCUGGAAUGGAGAUGCAGGGGAGCCUGUCAUCUACCACGGACACACCUUAACCUCCAAAGUGCCAUUUGUGGAAGUCAUCAAGACCAUCAAUGAGUAUGCCUUCAAGGCGUCCCCCUACCCUCUGAUCCUCUCUCUGGAGAACCACUGCUCCCUGGAGCAACAAGCCGUCAUGGCCCAACACCUGCGUUCCAUCCUGGGGGACAAAUUGUUGCUGCGGCCCCUAUGCUCAGAGGAAUCCAAAUACCUUCCUUCCCCAGAGGAUCUGAAGGGUAAGAUCCUGGUGAAGGGGAAGAAGGAGGAGUCCGAGGAGUGUUCCUCCAGUUCUUCAGACCAUAACUCAUCAGAUGACGAGCCCAACGUUGCAGAAGGAGGAUCCAAGAAGAAAAAUGGCAAGAAGGCCGGAGUGUCAAAGCUGAGUCCAGAGCUGUCCGAGCUGGUGGUUUACACCCGCAGCGUUCCCUUUCAGGGUUUCGAACAAGCUGCCAAAAGCUCACCCUUCAACAUGUCGUCCUUCUCUGAGACAAAAGCUCUCAAGCUCGUUAGGGAUUCUGGGGUCCUCUUUGUGCGCCACAACAGUCACCAGCUCAGCAGGAUUUACCCGUCUGGCCAGCGCCUCCGGUCCUCCAACUAUAACCCUCAGCAGAUGUGGAACGCAGGCUGUCAGAUCGUGGCUUUAAACUUCCAGACUCCUGGUGAGCAGAUGGACCUGAACCAAGGCCGGUUCCUGCAGAACGGUCUGUGUGGAUAUGUUCUGAAGCCUCUCUUCAUGUGCCAUCCUGACACCACCUUCAACCCAGAGAACACUGGAGGAGGCCCUGGACACAGACCUGUCCUCCUCAACAUUCGGAUCAUUUCAGCUCAGCAGCUGCCAAAACCAGAAUGCGACAAGCCCAGCUCUAUCGUGGACCCUCGAGUAUGGGUGGAGAUACAUGGAGUUCCUAUUGACAACAAUAAGAAGAACACUCAUUAUAUUGAGAACAAUGGCUUUAACCCGCGGUGGAAUUGCACCUUCAACUUCACCGUCCAUGUCCCCGACUUGGCUCUGGUCCGGUUCAUGGUGGAGGAUCAUGACUUUACAUCAAGCAAUGACUUCCUUGGACAGUACACCUUACCUUUCACCAGUAUGCGAUCAGGUUACCGACAUGUCCCCUUGUUUAAGAUGGAUGGUUCCUGCCUUUCGCCCUCCGCACUCUUCAUCCACGUGAAGUUAAGCCCCUGUUACAGUGGUCCAUCCAAAUCCAUGGCACCUUCUCCAAGGAGGUCACCAGCCAAGUGUCAAACCAAGAGACCCUAACUCCCCCUCUGCACCCACAGCAGCUGACAGGACCAACCCAAGUGGAUGCAAUAUCUAGUUUGUGGUGCUCACAGAAGUCCUACUACUACCCCAAAACCCCUAAUCUACUUUUAUUUCGGGGAGUAGCUCUAAUGUUAUCUUAGUUAUGCUUAGAUUUAUCAAAAGAAAGGAAGCACUACUCAAAAAUCUAAAGCUGUGUUGCUGCUGGACAUAUCCGGUCACUUGAGUGAAAAAACUAGUCAUUGUUAUGGUGAAAACUUGAAGGCUCUCUGUUUGCUUUGGCAAAAAAGAAAGAAGAGAGAGUGUUUAGAUCUGCUCUUGGGCAUAAUCUUACGCAUGACAAUUCUGCAUGUCAUCAGACUUCAUCCCUCUAUUUCUAUCAGAAAAGGCUCUUAUUUACCUUAUGCCUUAGUCACAACUGCCCUAAUGGGUGGAUAUGGGCUGCCUGCAUGUGAAGAAUGGGCAAAUCUGUACAAGACAUGCACGAAUUUUAAGAUCAUGGACUGCUCAAUAAGUGAAGGGUCUCUGGUCACACGAAAGAUGGCGGAAUCAAUUGCAACUUUAGGAAACUCUUUCAAAAACGAUAUUUUAAAAACUUUUCAGAACUAUCAGCUUUUAAGCUUUUAAAUGCAAAUAAACUGUAAAUGUCUAACAGUUUAGUAUGCUAGAUGAGCUUCAAAUGGGGCAAAGAACAUUAAUCAUUUUAUUUCUUUCAAGUCAAUAUUAACAAGUGUUCAAAUUUGUAUAAAUACACCCGUUUACCUCCAGCGUAAAUUUGGCGAAAUACCGUUUUUUCACAGUGACAGAAAGUGUCCCAGAGAAAAAACGGCAAAAAAGUAGAAAAAAGAGAGAAGAAUAUGGAAAAAAGAUAAAAAGGUUAAAACGGGGUUCUGGACGAAGACUUUUGGCCAAUUAUUUCGGGCGCAAUUAUGUUUAUUUUCCGGCCGGCUCCAGCAGGGGGUUCUGGUCAUUCAUUUUUGUACGCCAUAUUUCUUCUCUGUGGCCAGAUUCUCCUGAGUCCUUAGAACGAAAAUGUUUACACAAAUGUUCGCGACAUUUCAUGGCGAACACUUAAACAGCACGUAAGGUGAAGUAGGUAAGAAGGUAAGACGCAGGAACAUCUUAUGAACUUUUUUUUUUCUUCAAUUCCCACAAAUCCUGGACACUGCACAAAUGGCCCAUUAAGUGCUGUUAAAGUAAUAAGUGUGGUCCAAUUGCUCACUCCAUGCUUGUAGCCUGGCUGUUAGAUAUUAGGGAAUUAGACAAUCAGUAUGAGUAUCCUACAGGCACUUGCGUAUCACCUGGACACCCUGUCCUUGCAGAAACGUGGCAGUGCGCGCACCUUACUAAUGACUAGAGUGUGGUGUAACACCACCAUAUGACAGUGUAACUUAUAUUAUCCUUACAAAUAUUUCAUGUUUUACUCCAUCCGUAGCACACAUACUGGGCUCAGAAACGUGUGAUCAAGUGACUACUUACAAUGAAUAGCCAAUGUAGAGGGAUAUAUGAAUGUUUCAGGGUUCCAUGUUUGGAAUUUUUAGGCUCUACAUACAAAAUGCGAGGCCAUUGAACAUGCAUUAGGUUAAACCAGUUGAACAUUGACCAAUCAUGGAUUUGGUUUUGACGUAUGGGUGGCAUCCUUUUCAAGACAGAAGUACCAACCCUUAAAAUAUGAUUACGAAGGAAAAAUUAACAAUUGUGAUUUGUACCUGGCCAGAAUAAGAUGAAACCAAGUCUUUCAUGAAUAAUUCAUGAAUAAUUCAGAAUAGAUCUUUUAAAGAAAAAGUGUAUAGCAAGAUUUGCACCGCUUUGCCAUCACACUUGUUGAACGCACAACAAAAGUGCAUGCCGUUUUUAUGAUGUACGUUAAGUGUCUUGGUUGUUUUGGCCAACCUAAAGUGAGCUGCAAGACACACCUGCACUCUCUUUAUGAUAGGGUUGCUCUUGUGACUAAGGCAUUAAACAGAAAAAACGUUCACAUUUCAUACAAAUUUCAUGUAAAUGGCUCAUUUAGCCUUUUAUUGUCUCUACUAUCAGAAGACUGAGUUACUGCUGUUUUUUAAGUCUGGGUGUUGCAGAGUCUGGGACACGUUCCUGGCAAAACUCCCCUCUACCCUGGACUUGAAGCCUCUCAGAUAGUUGAUGUUGAAGCUUCAGACACUGUUAUUUAUUAAAAGUAUUUAUUUAGCAACAAAUGAAGGAGUGAAAUAUUUCAGGGAAAUGUUGGCAAACAAUCUGUGAGCAGUUAGAUCAGGAAGGGCAGUGUUGAGUCCAAGAAACACAUCUUCAACUUUAUCGACCUAUCUGUGCCAAGGCUACUCAUUUUUGUCACAUCCUUGGGUGUAAGAAAACGAUAUAGUAUAUUUCUAUCCAGGACAUUUAAGAUUUUGUAAAUGUCCUCUUUAUAUCCACAUAUAAGAUGGAAGUUUCCUUGUGAAUCUACACCCAAGUGUUAAUCAAACACUUUAAGUGUUUUCUUCUUCUUCUUCUUAAACACUUCAAGCGUCAAAGCAAAAGUUAGACUUGGGUGAUGUGGCCUUAGGCAAUGGACGUGGCUUUGGUUUUGCUCUUUGAGACCUCAGUGCUACUUUUAACAAAGUAGAUCGGAACAUUUUUUGUUGGAACGUGUCAUUGCUAAUACAGGAACUGCUGUAAGCAGCUUGAUGUCAUAAUUAUUUGAUAGAUUCCAAUUUAUUCAUGUAAAUGAUGAGGCUUCCUCAGACAGGAUAGUCAGUUAUGGUGUAUCACAGGGCUCUGUGUUUUAGCCAGUUGUAUUAGGUAUUUACAUUUUUCUAUAUGUUAACAUUAUUAGGCAACACAUCAUACAUUUACAUUGCUUUGUUGAUGGUAUUUGCCUAUCUAUUUAACCAGCAAUUAUCUCACAGUUUACAAGACUUUGGGGAAACCAUAGUAAUUAACAGACUAUAAUAUCUUAUAAUUUUCUUUUCAUGAACUGUUCUUAUCACUUCAUGGACUCCCUUGGUAACAACAGAUUUCCAUUUAAUGACAAUUUUUUGGUCUCUAAUACUACUGAGAGAAACUUUAUAGUAAUUUUUGAUGAAGAAUUUCAACUCUCAUAAAUCAAGUUUUUGGAAAUUCCUUCUUUCACCCCACAAUAGUUCUAAAAUAAAAAAACAUCAAUCUAUUUUCUGAACCCACUUUAUUCCAUUUGGAGUCACAGGGAUACUGGACACCAGCUACUGAAGGGAUAAGUUGGGGUUCACCUUGAACAGUUCAAACCUAAGGAACAAUUGAGUCAUUAAUUAACCCCAUGAAGCAUGUUUUUUGACUGUGGUAGGAAGCUGGAGUCCCCUCCGAAAACUACGCAUGGCCUGAGAAAACCCAUGCAUGCACAGGAGAACAUGCAAAUUAAAGAGCUUGCUAUCAUACAAAGACCUUCUCUUGUGUUGGGGAAUGUGCUAACUAUUGCACAAUGUUGUUAAAAGAAGAUUAGAUUUCAAAAUGAUUUUAAUAACAAAAAAAGUUACAAAGGAAGAACUUUCUCAUUUCUUUUUAACUUUUUUUUCUCUACAGUGAGGGAAUGUUGUUGGUAGCAGUUUACAACACCAAGGGAGAGUUGUAGUUUAGUCCCAUUUGUCUGGGACUUGUCUUCUCCUUGGCUAUACUCCAUGUGCAUGAUAUUUCUUCAGAUUAACUGUUUUCUUCUCCUAAAACAAGGAAUUUUUGUUCUCCUCCUCUUUCUUGUCUAUGGAAAGUCUGUGUACAUUCAUACUAAAGCAAACAUAGACAAGUAUUCUCGAGAGGAACCAAGUCAGGUGAGCGUUCCCGCCUGCCAAACCAAGAGGACCAUCAUAGGAAACCAGCUCUGGGUUAGACCAGUAAAUGCCCCUUAAGACCAACAGAUACACUGCUGAAGGGGGAAGUGUUACCAUGCAAAGUGCCAUUGAUGUUUUGGUUUGUGGUCAAACAUGCAAAUUUGUAGUCAUGAUCUAAAGACAGAUCCAGCAUUGAAGUUUGGGGUUUCUUGUUUUUAGAAGUUGUUUUUUAUCAUAAAACCCUUUAGUGAAAACUCUCAGAACAUCUCACAAACACAGACGAAUGCUUUGGUAGCAGCAAAGAGCCAAGGGUGUUAUAAUAGAACACAUAGGCUGUAAAGGAUAAGAAUCAAACCAACAACUCUUGAGAUCAUGACUUUUCUACCUCCUAAUCCACAGCUGUUUGUGACUCUUUUUUAUGUAAUGCAACUGUUUUGAAUAUUUCUGUACUAGCAAAUGAAGAUAGAGCGGUUUUUAAUUAGUUGUGUUUUGUAAGCUCCUAAACCAGGUGGUGUAUGUACGUACUGUUGUAUUAAAGUUCUACAUUUGUCCCAGAUGAGAGAAAUAAAGUCUAACAAAUAUAUUACGUCGUGUUUAUUACAGCUGUGCAGUUUAAAAAGUGGUUCAGCAGAGGCUCCUGACUUCUUCUUAUAGUAUCAGUAUUUGGGUAGGAUUAUUACCGUGACUGAAAUGAAUUUAUCUCAAUUUAAAAACUUUUCGUCAAAGUUCAUUGUCAUGUAACGAAUAACUCAACAUGUUCAUAAUGGAAGAUGUCUCUAAUGUUUCCUCACUUUCAAAGAAGAAUCUGUGCUGCUUUUUGAAAUCGAGAUGUAAAGAUUGCAAUUGUGCUUCAAAAUAAAAGUAGAAUACGUU